UUCGCGGAAAUGUCGUACAGUCCCUUCUUUCCCGCGCAACCCUUUUGUGAAGCGCUGGCCAAUCCACCAGCUUAAACUUCAGGGUUCGGGGGAAAAUUCCAACUGCAGCUUUCCGUGUCAGACUAGUGCGUAGUGUGACUGCUGAGUUCUUCGGCUUCACGGCUUACUUUCUGAGAUGCGUAUGUGUGCCGGCAACCCACUCGCUGAUGAUGCCCGACAACUCAACAAGGCGGUCCAGAUGGAGCUCAACCCGGAGGCCCGCCGCGUCCCGGAACCAGUGGAGGCGGAGUUGGAACAGCGUGUUCUCAAGUGGAUCAAGAUUGCGCAAGAACGAUUCAUGACAACAAAGAUCGGGCUGAGCGGCACAAUGAUCCAACAUCGGGCCGUGAAGUUCGCGUCCGAGAUGGGCAUCAAGCUCGCUGCAAGCAACGGUUGGCUUCACCGCUCCCUCAAACGCUGCCAAUUGAAGCACAUCAACCUGCACGGGGAAGCUGGCGACGUGGACCAGGAGAAGGUGCAGGAGAAGAUUGCGCAGACUGAGGAGCAGCUGAACGAGUUUGACGUCGAGUUCAUCUUCAACAUGGACGAGACGGCACUUUUCUACCGCUGUUUCCCGAGAGGCACGUACGUCACGAGGCAGGAGGACGCUGCUGGCGUCAACAAAAACACCGCGCGGGGCUCGAAGGCCAUGAAGGCCAANGUGCCGCUGGCCGUCAUCGGCACGGCGGCAAAUCCGAUGGUUUUCCGCAAGGUUCGCGAGCUACCUUGCCCCUACUACGCCCAGGCCAGCGCCUGGCUCGAUGCAUCCCUCUGCCAGAGGUGGUUCGACGAGGUUUUCGUCCCGUUCGUCAAAAGCAAAACCGCGAGGAAGGUGACCCUCACCUGGGACAACUGCCCCGGCCACAAGAUCAUCAACAACGACCCACAGAUCGUCAUCAUCUUCUUGCCGCCCCUCGUCACGUCCGUUUUUCAGCCGAUGGACAUGGGGGCCCUCUUCACCCUCAAGUGCCAGAACAAGCCCGAGAUGGUGGUGAGGCUGUCGGACGUCAUCGAGGACUGGGACACCGUUCGUGCGCGCAACAUCCCCAGGGGAUGUCAGGGGCUGAGCGAUGCAGGCCAGGCGACAACGCUGGACGUCGCUGAGAUCCUUACCCAGAAGUGGGAAAGUUUCUCGGACCAGACUGUUGUCAGGUGCUGGCCCAAGGCCACCAUCCUUCCCGAGGAGCACGAGAACGUCUUCAAGCGGAAGGACACACGGCUCGCUGGAAGGACAACGGGAAGGGGGGGGAGGUGGGGGACAAGGGGGGGACACGGGCGAAAGGGGACUCAUCGACGGCCUUUGCGACUUGGUCGCGAAGCUGUCGAUGCCAGACAGCGUCGACGUCACCGACGCCAGAAAAAUUCCAGGGGUGUUGACGGACAAUUUGUUUGUCGAGAAGAACUCGGGCCUCACUGAUGUAGAAGUGCGAAAGGCAAUAAAGACGUGACUUUCCGUAGAGGAUGGCCCCAGCGUGUUGGAAGACGAGGUAGCUCUGGAACUGGAGAUUGUGGCGCAGAACAUGGCAAACUUGAAGGUUGAUGCCUCUUCUGACGACGAAGAUAGCGGGGAUAGGCCAGCCUCGUGUAUUACAUCUUCGAUGACAGAGGCU